AUGAACGAUGAAUCUGAGGAAUUUCUCGAUCUUUUCGGUGGCGAGGAAAGGGUGCUCGUACCAGUACUGGGUUCUUUAGUGUCGAGAAGCCGCCACAUGUUACAAGCUUCGGUCAAUGGUACCGCCGUAGAGAUGGAGCCGGUGCCUGUAGCGAUGGAGUCCCUUGACCCUCGGUACUGCUUCCUUCUCGAUGCCGGCGAUACGCUCUGGAUUUGGAGUGGAUGGAAAGCUCGGAUUACGGUUGCAAACAAAGCGCGUCUUUUUGCGGAGCGGCUCAAUAAGAGGGACAGAAAAGGUGUCGCCGCCAUCGAGACCUGUCGAGAUCCCAAAGUACCGGAAGAAUUCUGGAUGGCAUUCUGUGGGUCGCCCAAUCGUCCUGAUGAAGCCAUAGUUGAACAUGUACCAGAAAACUUCGUGCCUGAGAGGAAACGGCUUUACCAGGUCAAUAUUGGUAUGGGAUUCCUUGAAUUGCCCCAAGUUGACCUCCCGAAAGGUGUUGCCAAACAGGAACUGUUGAAUACAAAAUGUGUUUACAUUCUUGACUGCACUUCCGAUAUCUUCCUUUGGAUGGGAAAGAAGGCCAAUAGGUUACUGAAGAUGGCUGGACAAAAGAUGGUCACGGAGCUCCACGAAAUGAUUGAACGACCCGACUAUGUACAAGUAUCGAGAGAAACUGAGGUUCUCGUCAAGCGUGAUAACAUGAUGCGCACCGACCUCACGGCUUUGUUCCUGAAGGAAAGAAGUUUGUUCGGCUGCCAGAUGGAGAAUUCGGUUCAUUUUACACGAUGGAUUGUUAUGUGUUUCUCUGAUGGCCGAUACGUGAAGUGUUAUAAACGAUUGAAGUCGAGAAGAACGAGAGCGAAGCAGGAGACACUGAGAGGCCCAAACAGGAUUUCAAGUGGUGGUGUUGUUGUCCGCAUGCAUCAGCAGCAGGAGAAUCACAAGUUCCUGUCCCACUUCCAUAGGAAAUUUGUUAUUCGCCGUGGACGUCGUGGGUUGACCCGAAAUCUUGGUGGAAAGUGGCCGGAGCUAUUCCAGAUGAGAGCAAACGGCUCAAGUGUUUGCACGAGGACGAUACAGAUCGAUUGCCGCGCGACAGAACUUUGCUCUGGUUUUUGCCACAUUUUGCGUGCACCCUACAAAGUUAUACGUGAAGAUGGUGAAAAAGGCAUCGUCUAUGUGUGGAUCGGCAAGCAGAGUGACCCACAUGAGCACGAGUACGCGCGACGAGUAGCGGAGGAGAUGAUCAAUCGUCAUGAUGAAUGUUUCCCAGUAGAAGUGAUCAAGGAAGGCGAAGAACCUGAUGAGUUUUGGGAAUAUAUAGGAGGCAAAAAGAAGUAA